AUGACUUUGAGCGACGAAAUGAAAACGUUGAAUCAGUCGAAAUUGAACAAUUUUGCGCUGACUCACAACCCGUCAAGUGCGUCGUUGAUAUCGCGAAGUUUGAGUUCGUGUAGUACCGAGGACUUCUUACCGACUUUUGAGUCUGAAGACGAUGACUGGCGAAAAUUCGGCUGGCUUCUUGAACUCAACAAUAUCAAAUUGCCUUGUCUUGAUGAGGACAGAAAGCUUUUGAAAGUUGACAAUGUCGAUAGACAGAUUCAAUCGUCGAACGAUGAAAAUUCACGGCCAACAAAACAGGUCAGUGACGAGAUAACUGCACUGAGAAAUGAAGCAGCAACCAAAGAUGAGGAAUGUGUUGAUCCAAGUGAAUUUUGUUGGCAUAAAUGCGAGACAACAUCGCAACGCACCAAUUUAACACAUCAUCGUGGUGGUCAUGACCAUUCAGAAAUAGACCGUAGUAUCACGCCUCGUUCGGCUGACUUACCAACGCCAUGUUCGUAUAGUAACGAUGGUAUCAUAUCAGCACUGUCUGUCGACGGCGAUACAGUAGAGUAUCGUGAUGAUGAACAAUCGAACCAUUCGAUCGUUGAGAUGAAAACUAAUACUGAUGAGGAAAAUGGAAAACGAAAUGAGGAAGAACCAGUUGCAAGGAGAACGCGCUUCUCAUCUAUAAAAUCUGACUACUCGUCGUUACCAUCGCCGUCCAAUUUGGUUUCCAAUCGGAAAAUAAUGUUCACAAUCGGCGAUUUCAACGACAAAUCGACGGAUGACCUCGAUUCAUCUUCGCUUAAAUCAUGUCGAUCGGAUUCCGAUGGUCGUUCAUGUGAGCACGUCGCUGAAAUAGAACAGCCACAGUCGACAGUUUCUUCGAGAACGGUCAGUGUACAGUGCGAUUUGGAUGAAGAGAUGGAAUCAGAGUGCGGAACAGAUUCCGAGAGUGAACCCAUCGCGAAACGUACCCGUCACUCACUGCCGUCGAUCAGUUUGAGCGAUCACCAAAUAACAAUUGAUAACUGGCUAUCGCUCGUCGACGAACCACUGGAUAUCGAUGAUACACCACCAACCAGAUCAAAAUCCAAAAGUGCGACGAAGAGCAAGAAGAGGAAAUACAAUAAGAGACUAUAUUGUGUCUGUCAGAAACCAUACGAUCGCAGACAGUUUUAUGUGGGAUGUGACGGCUGUAAUGACUGGUUCCAUCCGGCAUGUAUUGGAAUCACAGAAAUGGAUGCGAUCCGGGCAGAUGAAUACUUUUGUCCGAAAUGUAAACGACUGAAAGAAAGCGAUGAGAAAAUAUGA